AUGGCACAAACUCGUGGCGCAACCGGCAACGCAAAGCCUCGUGUCUUUGCCACUGUUUCAACCGAACCAGUCCGCAAACGCAAGACCACCACGGGCACCAAGAAGACCACGACCAAGCCCAAAAGCACGGGCGGCGUCAAGAAAGGCACGCCUGCCGCAAAUCACAAGAGAAAGCCAACUGUUGCGAGCAAGAUCGAGGGCGCAGCUGACAAAGUGAUCGGCAGCGUUGAGAAGCCCGCCAAAAAGGCAGCUGGCACGAAGAAGGCAGACGGCAAGACCACCAAGACUGCCAAAGCCACAAAGGCUUAA